UGGGACAGGUAUUUCAUGUGUUGUACGUCGUGUCCGGUGGAGGUCACAGACAUCUGAGAGAGACCGAGGUUGCUGUCAUGGCCAAGCUAUUUGAGUCGAUUGGGAAGUUGGGACUGGCCCUCGCCGUUGGUGGAGGUGUUGUGAACUCUGCCCUGUUUAAUGUUGAUGCAGGGCACCGGGCUGUGAUAUUUGACAGGUUCAGAGGAGUGCAGGAUGCUGUUGUCGGUGAAGGUACCCACUUCCUCAUUCCCUGGGUUCAGAAGCCUAUCAUCUUUGAUUGCCGCUCCCGACCACGCAACGUGCCUGUCAUCACAGGCAGUAAAGAUCUGCAGAAUGUGAACAUCACAUUGCGUAUCCUGUUCCGGCCGGUGACCGCCCAGCUACCACGCAUCUUCACCAGUAUUGGUGAGGACUAUGAUGAGAGGGUGCUACCCUCCAUCACCACAGAGGUCUUAAAGGCUGUAGUGGCUCGGUUUGAUGCUGGUGAGCUCAUUACCCAGAGAGAGCUUGUGUCUCGGCAGGUCAGCGAGGACCUUACUGAAAGAGCCUCCACCUUCGGCCUCAUCUUGGAUGACGUGUCACUGACGCACUUAACCUUUGGCAAGGAAUUCACAGAGGCCGUUGAGAUGAAGCAGGUGGCCCAGCAAGAGGCUGAGAGGGCCCGUUUUGUUGUAGAAAAGGCAGAGCAACAGAAGCAGGCUGCCAUCAUCUCAGCAGAGGGAGACUCUCAAGCUGCCUUGCUCAUCGCCAACUCCCUGAUGGAGGCUGGCGAUGGUUUGGUAGAGCUACGUAAGCUGGAGGCAGCUGAGGACAUCGCCUUCCAGCUCUCCCGCUCCCGCAACGUCACUUACCUGCCCCCAGGACAGGGCACUCUGCUCCAGUUGCCCCAGUGAUGACAUCUCACCCCAUGUCCACUCCUACUCAUGCUGUCUCCAGCUGUUACAUGGGCCAUGGAAUGGGUGGUUGGAGGAUUCAAUAAAGGACUCUCAACUUCACACACACAUUCCUCCCACUCUUUCUCUAACCAACUCUGGACUGGGCUCUGCUGAUAGCAGCAUGGUGGGGAGACAAAGUGAGAGGUCUGAGAUGGAUGCAUUUAUGAAGUCAACCCAUGUGUAAGGAAGUGGAGAGGGGUAAAUCACUCCCUCUGUGGUAACCUAUAUAUGUAGUACUUUGUUUUGAGAAGAAUUAACAAUGCAGUAAAUUCUCUAAAGAUUUGUCUUUACUACAUUGUUUCAGAUUGAGAGCACUGCAUGUGUGGAAAGCAACUGACUGAUUUUUACAUAAAGUGAAAACAGCGUGAUUCCUUCAAAAGCUGAUAGAUUGUCAACAAUAAAAGCUAUUACUGUGUCAUUGUUGUGCUGGAAAGUUUCAUCAAAUUGUAUAACUACAUGCAAUCCAAGGAAAGGCUCUACUUUGGAUUCACACUGUAAGACAUGAAUGAUUAGAGAUGGUUUAUUCAUUUGAAUUAAAGUCUCUGUGCUCUGACUUGCUAGAUGGAUAAAAUUUCUGAAAUACAUCUCAGCUCUCUAGCAAAUUAUGUUCAAACAUGAUAUUGCCACCCCCAGUUAAUUGGAAUGUGCCUGUUCAGAAAAUAUAUAAUGAUUCUUCAUUCUC